AUGCUGCGCUCCAUUGCAGAAGACCUGCGGAAGAAGCUGCUACAGUCUCUCCCAACGUACAUGGUGCCCACGCUGUACAUCCCAAUGGAGACGAUGCCCACCAAUGCCUCGGGGAAGCUCGACAGGCGGGCCCUACGCACAUAUCUAGACAGCCUCUCGACAUCAGACCUGCAACAAUACAUGCCGAACACAGGGCCUAAAGCAGCGCCCUCGACGGAGAUGGAGCAACGGUUGCGUGACUGGUGGGCCGAAACGCUGGCCGUUGCGCCAGACACCAUCGGCCGCGAGGAUGACUUCUUUCAGAUUGGCGGUGAUUCUGUCGCCGCGAUGCGCAUGGUGGCGCUCCCCGAGGCGCGCGAACACCACCUGACGGUGGCGGAAAUCUUCCAAUAUCCCAUUCUCUCGGAUCUCGCCCGGGCUCUGGAAGGACGGGCCAUGGAGAUCACGGAGAAGCAUACCGAAGAGGCCGAUCCGGAACCCUUUGCCCUGUGGCAAGUGCCUGAAGACGCGCAAUCGAACGGACGCACUCUUCAACAACGACUCGCGCGCAUUUCCCAACAAUGUGGUGUCACGGUGGAGGAAAUCGAGGACAUCUACCCCUGUACCUCGAUCCAGGAAGGCCUCAUCGCCAUCACCGCCCACCAGCCCACGGCCUACGUGAGUAGACAGGUGUACCGCUUGGGCAGCUCAAUCGACGUGGAUCGCUUCCAGGCAGCCUGGCACACCUUGGCCGCUGUAACCCCCAUCCUACGCACGCGCAUUCUGGUCGACCCGGAGGAGGGCAGCCAGGGCGGAUCGUUGCAAGUGGUGGUUCGACGGCACCUGGUCUGGCACCACAGCACCGACCUCGACCAGUAUGUGGCUGCCGAUGAGGCGCAGGGCAUCCGACUCGGCCAGCCCCUGGUGCGCUUUGCGCUGGUACAGCAUCCAAACGAACGCUUUCUGGUCUGGACGGCGCAUCACAGCGUCUACGACGGGUGGAGCGCUGCCCUGAUGUACCGACGUCUAGUUGAUAUCUACCUACAUGACCGUAUCCCUCCCACGGUUCCAUACACCCGGUUCAUCCGGCAUCUGCUGCGCCGGGACCCUACCUCUGACGCUCACUACUGGUCGACGCAGCUCCAGGGAGACCUGGUCGUCAACUGGCCCCCGUUGCCCCGGGCAGACUAUCAGCCCCGGCCCAUGCACCGCGACGUCUACACGAUGCGCCUGCCGCGCUCGACGAGCCACCACCACCCCGCCUCGCUGCUGCCCACCAUCAUCCGCGCCGCAUGGGCGAUGGUCAUGGCCAAACAGGCGGGUCAAGGCCACCGCGUGGUGUUCGGGAUGACGCUC